CAGCGCAUCGCAUCCGCCAGGCUACCUUCCUUCCAUCUUCCCUUCUCCUCGCCAUCAAACCCUCCACCAAUCCACUCAUCCAGACGGCAUAAUGUCAUCCGAACCCAAGACUUACGUGUCCGGGGGACGUGUCCUCUCAAGUCCCCCACUCACGGUCCGGAUUGCUCGAUUCUUUGAAAGUGUCUACGUCUUCAUUGGAUUGUACUUUGUCAGCCUGUUCUCGUUGGACCCUUACACUGCCGCCCAGAACUCGAGAUUCAAUGUCACCGGCACGGGAAAGGAUCCCAAUGCAAGUGCUCGUUGGGGAGGUGGUGGCGGUUCCUGGGGCCCUGGAGGCGGCGGAGGUGGACCGGGAGGACCUGGUAGGAGGAUCGGACGGGUGGAUGAUGUUCGCGGCCCGGAGUGCAAGAGCUGUGAGCUUCGAGUCUACCGUCACACCAUGUCCACGCCGCAAACCGACGCUGAAUGGGCGACGCUGAUCUCCAGCAUUCAGCAGUCUCUCCCGACUACCUUCCCCUCAUAUGACAUCUCAUCAGCAAUCAAUCGCACAAUCGACCACACCCAGCUAUCCCUGACUGCAACAGAUCAACAGAUCGACGACCUAUGUCAAGAAGCCAUUGAGCACCAGUUCGCAACCGUCUGUGUCCGUCUGAAUCAUGUGUCCCGUGCUGUGCAAAACCUACACGAACACCCUGCUGUUGGCAUAGCCUGUGUGGUGGGCUUCCACGAGGGAACUUACAAGACGACUGAGAAGACAACCGAAGCUAAAGAGGCAGUGAAGCUGGGCGCGUCCGAGCUCGACAUGGUCCUCAACUACCCCCUCCUUCAGGAGGGGAAGUACGUGGACGUCUACACCGAUGUGUUGGAAGUGCGCAAAGCAGCUCCUGCACCAGUUGGGCUGAAGGUCAUCCUGGAAACAUCGCAGUUGACACGGGAGCAGAUCGUGGCUGGAUCUGUGUUGGCGUGUAUAGCCGGGGCGGACUAUAUCAAGACUAGUACAGGGUUCAAUGGGCCUGGUGCGAGCGUGGAGAAUGUUGCUAUUAUGAGAGCGACGGCCAAUCUAGUUGGGAAGGGAACGAAGGUCAAGGCCAGUGGGGGAGUGCGAUCUGGGGAGGACUGCAGGAAGAUGUUGGAGGUCGGGGCAGAGCGCAUUGGGAGCACGUUCGUUCCUGAAAGUCUUUUUCAUCCAUUAUUUUUGACUCUCGCCCUCCCCCUUCUCUCACCAUCCACGUCUUCUUUUUCCCGCCGCUCCGUGAUGCGCCGUCCCAAAUAUAAGAAACGGAAGACAACCCACGAGGGCAGCCCACCGCAUCUCAAUGGCACAGCCGACGCCCUGUUCACCGAAAAACCCUCAGCCACUUUUACUCCCAAGGGUGGCCGAUCACAUACUCUCAGCAUUGCCAUUCCUGGUAGCAUUAUAGCCAACGCGCACUCCAUCGAACAAAAGACUCUCCUGGCCGGUAUAGUCGCACGUGCCCUUGCUGUUUUCUGCGUCGAUGAAGUCAUAAUAAUUGAUGACGAUGAAAACGGAGCCCCGUAUGACUUCUUUGGUCAUGAAGACUACUAUAACUCGCGCACGACCAGAACCAGUGAGCAGGUUGACGGCACUGUGUCCUCUUCCAAUGGCUGUACCGCUUAUUCGGACCCUUCACACUUCCUAGCCCAUGUCCUAUCGUAUCUUGAGACUCCACCUUACCUGCGCAAACACCUCUUUCCGAUCCAUCCAAACCUUCGCACAGCUGGAUUAUUGCCUAGCUUGGACAUGCCUCAUCACCUGCGUGUCAAUGAGUGGUGCGACUUCCGCGAAGGCAUCGUUGUUUCUGGCCCUGAUCGAAACGCACAUCGAAGUAGACAUUCGGCCAGGAACACCGCCCAUAUGAGCAAUGACUAUCACUAUCCCCAUCAUGAUAACCCUACUAAGAGUGCAUAUACCACUAUCGUGGACACUGGUCUCUCUCACAAAACAGUCCUCCCACACAUCCACCUCCCAGGAAAUACCCGAGUCACAGUUCGAUACCCCCAGCACGGGUCCGCCUACGCAGAAGCCGUACAUCCAUCUACCCCGCGGGCAGAGGCAGGGUAUUACUGGGGCUACUAUGUGCGGCGCUGUCGAUCUUUAUCCACCAUUUUCACUGAAUGCCCCUUUGACGGCGGCUACGAUUUGUCCUUCGGCACAUCCGAGCGCGGAGUGCCAGUCUCCACCGUGGUGGAGGAAAAACCACAAGUCUACGAUCAGGAUAAUAUACACCACCGCCCAAUUUGCCACAAUCAACCUCCACUAGACUUCCAGAAUAUUCUCAUCGUUUUUGGCGGUGUUGCUGGAAUCGAAGCAGCUGUCCGGAACGACCCUCAACUCCGCGACAUGGAGAUCCGCCCAUCAGAUGCCGGGAAGCUCUUCGACUACUGGGUCAACUUCCUCCCGGGUCAGGGAAGUCGAACCAUCCGUACGGAGGAGGCCGUCUGGAUGGGAUUGAUGAGCCUGCACGGCUUGACAGAGGGUACCCAUCGACUGAGAAAGGCAUUCCGACAUCCUCAUGCAUGUUCUCGUCUCGACGACCAUCCACCAGCCCCAGUCCCAGAUUCCUACGUACCAUGA